AUGCUUAAUUUUCAGAAGCUGUCUCUUCUAUGGACGCUGCUGUUUCUGGUAGGGAAUCCUGCGACCGGCAAGAACCACUGCGCCGAUAAAUGUGGCAAAGUUCGCAUUGAAUUUCCAUUUUAUCUCAGAAAUAAAAACUUGAAUCACACCACUGACUACCCGCCUGAGUUCGGUCUGUCAUGCACCCAACAAAAUAAGCCCAUUCUGGAGCUGCCUACCCUUCCAAUACAAUUGUUUGUCAGAGAAAUUGAUUACAAAUCUACGCUAAUUGAAAUAUAUGACCCCCAAAAUUGCCUUCCCGAUAAACUCUUGAAACUCGGCAAUAUAUCCAUCUCUCCAUUCCGAUUCCCCAAAUAUCUUGGUCGUCCUCCUCCUAAGUUGAACGUUUCCUUCUUCUGUUGCGACUCAUUGUCGUGCCCUAUUUCGCUACUACCAUCCUACAAAGAUGUUGUGGACCCACGAUUAGUAUCCUGCACGAAGCUGAAAGAUGUUUCCGUCGAAUGGUGGUCUUCGUAUUAUGAGGAGAAGUUUUUUAUGGAAUGGUCAAAACCUGAUUGUGGAUACUGUGAAGCACAGGGCCAAAACUGUAAAUGGAGGAAUGGUACUAACGGUGGAACUGAAUGUAAUGCUUGCCGAACAAAAAGGAUUCCCACGUCAACUAUCGUCCAAAUUGCUGCAGGAGGAGUAGCUGGUUUGAUACUUUUGCUGCUUCUUGUCAAGGCAUUGUUUUAUGCGUACGUCUAUUAUGAAAAGAGAGGAGAAGACCAAACUCGAAUAGAGAAAUUCUUGGAGGAUUACAGGGCAAUGAAGCCCACCAGGUUCACUUAUGCUGACAUCAAGAGAAUCACAAAUGGUUUUAGUGAGAGUUUAGGGGAAGGAGCUCAUGGAGCAGUGUUCAAAGGAAUGCUCUCUAGUGAAAUUCUUGUUGCUGUGAAGAUACUCAAAGACACAGUGGGAAAUGGAAAUGAUUUCAUAAAUGAAGUGAGAGCCAUUGGGAAAAUUCAUCACGUUAACAUUGUUCGCCUGCUUGGUUUCUGUGCAGAUGAGUUCCACCGUGCUCUCGUCUACGAUUUCUUUCCAAAUGGGUCGUUGCAGAGAUUCUUGGUUCAACAGAACAACAAGGAUGUUUUCCUUGGUUGGGAGAAGUUGCAACAAAUUGGUCUUGGUGUUGGGAAAGGGAUUGAGUAUCUCCACCUUGGUUGUGAUCAUAGAAUUCUUCACUUUGACAUUAAUCCUCACAAUGUUUUGUUAGAUGACCUUUUUGUCCCAAAAAUCACUGAUUUUGGCUUAGCCAAGCUGUGUCCCAAAAAUCAGAGCACCGUGUCGAUGACUGCCGCCAGGGGAACUUUGGGGUACAUUGCCCCUGAGGUUUUCUCUCGGAACUUUGGUAAUGUGUCUUACAAGUCUGACAUUUACAGCUAUGGGAUGUUGCUCUUAGAAAUGGUUGGAGGAAGAAAGAAUACAAAUGUAUCAGUUGAGGACAGUUUCCAAAUUCUGUAACCAGAGUGGAUCCAUAACUUGGUGGAAGGAAAAGAUGUGCAAAUUAGCCUUGAGGACGAGGGAGAUGCUAAAAUUGCCAAGAAACUUGCCAUUGUAGGACUUUGGUGCAUUCAAUGGAACCCAGCAGAUCGUCCUUCCAUGAAAACUGUGGUACAAAUGCUUGAAGGGGAUGGAUGUGAGUUAGUAGCACCCCUUUCUCCUUUUCAUAUUUCUGGUUCUUCUACAGUAAAUACCGUUGUUCCGGCAAGACGUCAAAAUUUUGAGUUGGAGGUUAUUCAUGAAAUAGAAGAAAACAGUGUCGAUCAC